GCUUAGCGAUGCAGCAUCCUCAUUGCAAGCAAAAUCCUCGCUGAAUAUCUAAAAGCGAGCCGAGUGAAUUUCUUGCCAACGCGUAGACCUUCUCACACCACCCUGAUAACCCCCCCCGUCUCCAGAUACUUAUCAUGGCCCCUAUCCUAUCGCACCAGCCUCUCAAGGCCCUUGCUACGCUCCUACUAGUCGCCUCCGCGCCCCCAUACCUCGCAGUACUCUCUCUCUUCUACGCCGCCAAACGCUGCCGUCCAGUGCCCGGAUGGUCGCUCAAAACCGCCAUCGGCAACGAGUGGCUCCGCCUCUUCUACCUCUACGCCACCAAAGUCCACCUGCGACCCUUCUCCGCGAGCGCAUCCAAGCUGAAAGAGCGCUACGUCCUAGCCCCGCCCGGCCCCGCAGAUCUAUAUACCGGAAUCCUCCGCGAGGCAGGAGGCAUCAAGCCAUGUGCCAUGCCGGCUAUCUGGUUCCCCGGCCCGCCACCCACAGACACCACCGAGCGGAAGACGUGCAAAGUCGUAAUGCAUCUCCAAGGCGGCGCCUUCGUGACCGCCACGGACCCCGCGGAAACCGGCAAACUGCCCGCGAAGAUCUUCGAGUCGAAGCUCGGCGCAAAGACGUUCUACGCGCAGUACCGGCUCGCGCGCACCGAGGCCUCGCGCUUCCCGGCCGCUGUCCAGGACGCCGUCUCUUUCUAUCGAUACGUCUUGGACCAGGGCGUCGAGGCGCGGAAUGUCGUGCUCUCGGGCGAUUCGGCGGGCGCGAACAUCGUCGUCGGCUUGCUUCGCUACAUCGAGGACAGCAGAGUCCUCCCCGUGCCGCGUGGCGCCAUGCUCUGGUCGCCGUGGGUCGACGUCAGCGACGCUGUCUUAUCGCGCUACGGCCAAAGCAAAAGCCUGCGUGUCGACUUCUUGGGCCUGGGGCUGCUGCGGUGGGGCAAGGACGCGUAUGAGCCUGCCUCCGCGUCUGAGGAGAGUGAGAGGUAUCUCAGGCCUGUGGAGCAUGCGUUCCGCUCGAAGACGCCGGUUUUCGUGAAUGCUGGCACUGCGGAACUCUUGUAUGACGAGGUUGGAGUGUUUGUGGAGAGAAUGCAGGCUGUGGAGGGGAAUCAAGUGUGUUUUGUGGAGACGAAGGAUGCGCCGCAUGACGUCCUUGUCGCGGGGACCUUUACGGGGUUCGUGGAGGAAGCUGAGGAGGCGGCAGGGAAGGCAAGAGAAUUCUUUGACCGUUGUGGUUAGGUUCCGUUCCUGUAUUUCAACGGGCCUGGCUUUGGUCUUGAGACUUUUGGAGUGGUGCGGUGUGGUGCAGGGACUUGGACUUGGGUUUGAGGUGUAGUGCAGCCAUGAUGCUGUAACUAGAAUGCUAAUCCAUGAUAAUUGCGAUCCCAGAUCAUCUAG